AUGAGCGUGCGCGUGGGCGUGGGCGUGGGCGUGGGCGGGCGCUGCCUGAGCGCGGCCUGCGGCCCGUGGCCUGCUGCAGAGCCGGCGCAGCCCACCGAGGACUGCCCGCACCAGUACGGCUACUUCCGCGAGGGGCGCGACGCCGGCGACUGCGGCCGCUUCGUGACGUGCGUGGACGGGCGCGGCUUCCACCUGCAGUGCCCCGAGGGCCUGGCCUUCAGCGAGGACACGCUGCGCUGCGACUGGCCGGACCAGGUCGACUCCUGCGACGCCGAGGCGUUCCUGGGCUUCCGCUGCCCGGACGACGGCAGCUCCGCCGCCGACGGCUACCGCUUCUACCGCAGCCCGUCCGACUGCCAGAAGUACUUCCUGUGCGUGAGCGGCCGCCCGCGCCUCUACAGCUGCGCGCAGGACGAGGCCUUCAACGAGGACAUCGGCGUCUGCGACGGCGUCGAGAACGUCACCGCGUGGUCAUGCGCGCCAGCUGUCGAGCGGAGGAGCCAAGGUCCUGGGAGGCCCAACCCAGCCGCCUCGCCGCCGCUUCUGAGCACCGCCACUCGCAGCGCCAGUAUCGGUAGCAGCACCGACUACGCCUUGGCUGACGUCCACGUACGAUGUUCCUCGUGCACCCGUUAUUCGUCGCUAUGUGAAGUUUCCUUGUGAUUGUAAUGACAUAGAAAUUUUCUUCAACCUGCCAUUGGAAGAGACCUAAGAUCUUUUAUCAUUCGAUUGUAUUUCAGGGACGACUUCUCAAAAAUAGUGCCAGCGCGAACAUGAAAACUAUAAAGGGAUGACGGAAUGCCAUAGUUUCCGAUCAGAAGUCAUAUUAAUCCAUAUAUCAAUGCGAAGUCAUUACCGCUUUCUUUCCCCGAAUUUAUUUAUUUAUAAAUGUGUACGGUGUCCGCAAUAAAACGGAAAUAAUUACAGUGACAAUUUUAAUAAUAACAUAAUUUACAAGGAGAUAUUCUUGUAUUCAAAUUUGAAACUGAAAUUUGCUGGCUCUCUUCAAAAUGGUCCUCUAUUUCUUUUUCUUCCAAAGUUAGCUAUUACAUUUCAGCACAAACUUUAUUUCUUAUGACUGUAAAAAUAGUUUUCAAUGUUGCUUGACACUCAAUUAAAAAAAAUGCUUUUAUUGAUUUAAAAAUAUUAGGAAAUUCGAAACAUUCCUUGUGAUUAUCAUUACUGUUUUCACGUUACUUUUUGUAUCAUUUAGUUUUAAGAAAUGAAGCAUAAUUCUUAAAAACUGAGUGCUUACAACAUUUAAAACGUUUAAAAUCUGUUUGCUCAUAUAAUUUGUUAAAGCAUGUGUUUUCUUUUGAAUGGUAAGUAUGAUACAUUGUAUGUGUGAAUAGUAAAGUAUGUAUCAACUGAAUUUAAUAAAAUUUGUAAAUGUUCGAAAUUACUAAUAAAGUAUUACAUUAAAUAUAAAUUAUUUUAUAAUUUAACCUCUGAAUAUGCAUUCCUACGAAAUAAUUUACUGGCUUAAAUGGCCAAGUUUUUAAUUGUAUUAAUUCAUCA